GAGCUCCAUCCAGUUUGAACCUCUAUCAACUGGCCUCCGUAGCAAAGCACACAGCGUCGACAACAACAACAACAACGUGAAACGAAUUAUUUCUAUCUGACCGGUUAAAUCAGUCGUGUCACCAUGGUGAAAGGGGACGUUAAUAAACCCAAGGGCAAGACGUCAGCCUACGCCUUCUUCGUCCAGACCUGCCGGGAGGAACAGAAGAUUAAACAACCAGACCAGUCGGUCAACUUCGCCGAGUUCUCCAAGCAGUGUUCUGAGAGAUGGAGGGCUUCCACUGUGAUUGACAAGCUCCUCCCUGAGGACAUGUAUGACCUGCUUCCCUCUAACUCUCCUCCAUCCAUCACAUAUGACCUGCUUCCCUCUAACCCUCCUCCCUCCAUCACAUAUGACCUGCUUCCCUCUAACCCUCCUUCCUCUUCCUCCCCCAGGUCUGCCUUUUUUGUGUUCUCAGCAGAGUUCCGUCCGACGGUCAAACAGGAGUUCCCAGGCUGUUCUAUAGGAGAGACAGCUAAGAAGCUGGGGAUCAUGUGGGGUCAACAGACUCCAACCCAGAAACAGCCGUUUGAAGAGAAGGCUCUCCGACUGAGGGAGAAAUACGACAAGGAUAUGGCUGCAUACCGCUCUGGUGCGAACGUUAAGCGGGUGCCGAUGCGACCCGGUCCCGGUGGCUCGUCCAAUAUGAUGCCCCACGCCAUGGCCGGUGGCGACGAUGAUGAUGACGAUGACCUGGAGGACGACGAUGACGAGGAUGACGACGAUGAUGAGUAAAGUGUUAGCGUGGUGUUCGUGCCUGUUGGAUUGGUGCGUUCGAUUUAGCGCUCGCCUAGUGGGCGGAGUUUGCGCAUUUUGAGACCAUUCCAUUGGUCCUAAAGUGGAAACUCCGCCCUCCCAGGGUCGCGGCGAGGUAAAACGAACAAACCCAGUUCCACCGGAAUCCUAACGGGCCAGAGGAGGAAUCUGAUUGGCUGAAAGUUAUGUGUGCCUGUCAGUGACCCUGCAGGGUUGAGGGCUGACCAGAGGUCAAAGGUUAGUUAGGUCAGGCGUUAGUUAAGAGCUGGACUGGACCAGACACGACCUAAAGGGGACUCAUAAUAUCACCGUGUAACUGAAUUAGUCGUCAUCGCAAACAUCUGUAACCCUGGAAACAGUUGCUGUGGGCCAACACGUCCAAUAGCAGACCUCUGUUGGGGGUAAGAGCUGAAUGUUGUGGGUGUCUUCAUUCGGUGUUGCUGUUUGUAGAAGGUUGUUGUUGUUCCCAGGGUUGUGUGUGGUCCUAGUGGUGUUCUACAAUAUUAUCACGUGUCGUAAAACAGAGCUGUGUGACGCUACAGACUCUUUUUAAAAUAAAACACUUUAUUUUUUUUGGUUUUUAAUUUUCUUUUUUUAAUGGAAAAAAUGUGUCCUGAAACAAUAUGUAGAAAUUGACUUUUAUAAUAAAAAAAAUUAUGAUUCUGAAAA